UUGACCAAAAUAUAAAUGUCAACUCUCUCCAUAGCUUGUCCUUUACAAAAAUCCGAACACUUUCCUAUCCAAUCUCCGGCCGAACGCCCCCAACGGCCCACCCUCCCAAAAAUGAACAUUGUCUUCUUCUUCCUCUCUGCUGUCUUACUCUUCACCGGCCUCGCCAACUCCUCCUACUUCUCCAUUGACGAAGCCACCAUCGUCGAAAUUCAAAACGCCUUCUCCCAAAACAAACUCACCUCCACACAACUCCUCGACUAUUACCUCAACAAAAUACACCUACUAAAUCCAGUCCUCAAAAGCGUUCUCGAACUAAACCCAGACGCAAGAGCUCAAGCGGAAGCCGCCGAUCGAGAGAGGCUCCUCGCCUGUGGAAAAUCCCUUGGCGAACUCCAUGGAAUUCCAAUUCUACUAAAGGACGCCAUUGCGACUAAGGAUCUUCUCAAUACAACCGCCGGAUCCUUCGCGUUGUUGGGUUCGGUGGUGCCUCGAGAUGCGACGGUGGUUAGUCGCCUGAGGAACGCCGGUGCAGUGAUUUUGGGGAAAACUUCGCUUACAGAAUGGUUUAAAUCCCGUUCUUCUAAGAUUCCCAAUGGAUGGUGUGCUCGUGGCGGUCAAGCGGUGAACCCAUAUGGAAAAGGAGGGGAUCCAUGUGGGUCAAGCAGUGGGUCGGCGAUAUCGGUGGCGGCGAAUAUGGUGGCGGUGUCAUUAGGGACGGAGACUGAUGGGUCGAUUCUGUGUCCGGCUGAUUACAACUCGGUGGUUGGGAUUAAGCCUACUGUCGGUCUCACGAGCCGGGCCGGCGUUAUCCCGAUCUCUCCUCGCCAAGACACAAUUGGGCCCAUAUGUAGAACAGUUUCAGAUGCUGUUUAUGUGCUUGAAGCUAUUGUUGGAUUUGAUCCAAUGGACUAUGAGGUAACCAAGGAAGCUUCUCAAUUCAUACCUUCAGGUGGUUACAAACAGUUUCUAAGGAAAGAUGGGCUUAAAGGAAAGAGAUUGGGCAUUGUUAGGCAUCCCUUUUCUGACUUGUAUUCCAACAACUCCAUGGCCAUUCCAACUUUUGAGCAACAUCUCAAUCUGCUAAGGAAGAUGGGAGCAACCAUUGUAGACAACCUUCAAAUAUCAAAUGUAGACGUCAUUUUGAAUCCGUAUGAAAGUGGUGAAUUCAUUGCAAUAAUAGCUGAGUUCAAGCUGGCCGUAAAUGAUUACCUCAAGAAACUCAUCCAAAGUCCAGUUAGAUCUUUGGCUGACAUUAUCUCCUUCAACAACAAGCACCCUGAACUAGAGAACAUGAAAGAGUAUGGCCAAGAUGCCUUUCUUUUAUCUGAACAAACAAAUGGUAUUGGAGAGAUGGAGAAGGAGGCAAUUAGUAGGAUGAUGAACUUAUCGCGAAAUGGGUUCGAGGAAUUAAUGAAAGGCAACAAUUUGGAUGCAAUGGUGACAAUAGGGACAGGAAUUGAAAGUGUGCUAGCAAUUGGGGGAUACCCAGGAAUAAGUGUCCCUGCUGGAUAUGAAGAAAAUGGAGAGCCAUUUGGUAUUCUAUUUGGAGGUCUUAAGGGGAGUGAACCAAAGCUAAUUGAGAUUGCUUAUGCAUAUGAACAAGCCACCAUGGUGAGAGAGCCACCUCUUCUUUCUCGAAUUUCAAGUUUGUGAAAGUUGUUUGUAUCAAGUUUGCAAAUUAGAAGAACUUUUUUUUUACAGAAAGUAAAAACAAAUAUUUACAAUCUCUCUCUCUCCCUCUAAAUUGCAAAAUGAUAGAUGAUCCAUUUCUUCUUAUUA